AUGGAUGAGGAUUCGGAUUCCGAGGAAGAAACGGAGGAACCGGUAACCCAAGCAACACCCACCCCGAUAGUCGCACCCACUGUGUCCCCUCUACCUGUGACACAUCGCAUUGGCUCCGGAAUGCAUCACACUAGAGCAACCAUCCGCAAAUCCAUUCCGCCUUGCAGGAGCAUUACCAAGAGAACCCAAGAUAAAUCUCCCAGGCCCAAAAAGGUCCCAUAUAGCCCCUUUCCGGACGAAUCGAUGAAAGACAAGCCGCCAUUGGAAAAUCAGGAAGGGGAAAGAAAGAAAGAAUAUGAAGUUGGACAACCCUCCGGGACCAAGCCCCAGGAACCUACAGAUGUUGGAUCUCUAUCGUUACUAUUCGACCGCACACUCCGUUUGGGGAACCAAAUCAAAAUGGUGAGUGACGAAGUGAGUGUCGUGGAAAGCAACAACGCUAGACUCACCCGACAUGUCCAACAACCGAGAGAAUUGAGGAACCAAGACUAUAAUUUUAUCAGGGGGGGACCACAAUAUGGUGAUGGCCACUUACAACUACAUCAAUACUCAAGAAGCAAGCUGACAGGAAUCUGA